AUAAGUAGUUUAAGGUUGCUGAGAAAGACAAACCACAUCACGGGUAAAAGUGUUGUCCCAAAGAAAGACCAUCUUUCUCCUUUCUGUCAUCACCGUUGGAAGAGACUGAGAUGGGUUCAAAAACCAAGACUUUUACCUUUGAGGAGGUGGCUAAGCACAAUCACAGGAAGGAUUGCUGGAUUAUAGUCAAAGGGAAGGUGUAUGAUGUCACCCCAUUUUUGGAUGAUCAUCCAGGAGGUGAUGAAGUUUUAGUGACUGCAACAGAGAAGGAUGCCACCACUGAUUUUGAAGAUAUUGGGCACAGUGAUUCAGCAACAGAGAUGAUGGAAAAAUACUUUGUUGGUGAGGUUGACACCAACACUCUUCCAGCACAAGUUACCAGCAGCAGCAGUGUACGCCCACCAACACAAGCACCUGUCUAUAACAAUCAAUCUUCUGGAUUUGUUGUGAAGAUCUUGCAGUACAUAGUGCCAUUGCUGAUAUUGGCCUUUGCAUUUGGCCUGCAGUACUAUGGCAAAAAAAGCAAGUCAGAAAAUUGAACUUGAGUUGUGACCAUUGUUUUAGUACUUCUAUUAUUCAUAAGUCUCUAACAACAGUGUCCUAGUGGCAAUAGACUGGUGCCAGUGUUGUUUCUUUUCUUUUUGGGGCAUCAUUUAAAAGCACUUCACUAUCUCAAAUAUCACGCGGGGAUUAAUUUUGUAUUUUUCAUGUGUUGUGGCCUCUUGCUCAAGUUAUGCUAGUUGUUCAUUUAAACUCAAUCUAGUAUCUCGUGAAUAUUUUGAAAUAGAUUCUAUUAAACCUAGUAACUGGAGUACAUUAUAUGCUAUUA